AUCAUUCGUACCCAGAACCCUCGUCUCGAGUCCUUUCCUUCUCCCUGGGCUCUCGUUCGUCCUCGCCUGACUGCAUACCUCACCGAAUCCAGAGCAAAGUAGCGAUUCCACCAUGGUGGUUGCAACAAUCAAAUGCGUCGUUGUAGGCGACGGUGCAGUGGGAAAGACCUGCCUUCUCAUCAGCUAUACUACCAACAAGUUCCCGUCCGAAUACGUCCCUACCGUUUUCGACAACUAUGCGGUCACCGUAAUGAUUGGUGACGAGCCUUACACACUGGGUCUCUUCGACACCGCAGGACAGGAGGAUUAUGAUCGCCUGAGGCCAUUGUCAUAUCCUCAGACGGACGUCUUCCUCGUCUGUUUCUCGGUGACAUCACCUGCCUCCUUUGAGAACGUCCGUGAGAAGUGGUUCCCCGAGGUUCAUCACCACUGUCCCGGUGUUCCUUGCUUGAUCGUGGGGACCCAAGUCGAUCUGCGCGAUGAUCCUGCCGUGAGAGAGAAGCUUGCCAAGCAGCGCAUGGCGCCCGUCAGAAGAGAGGACGGUGAAAGAAUGGCGAAGGAACUGGGAGCCGUCAAAUACGUAGAAUGCUCUGCAUUGACUCAGUACAAGCUGAAGGACGUUUUCGACGAGGCCAUCGUUGCUGCCCUUGAACCUCCAGCCACACGAAACCACAAGACUCCCAAGGGUAAGAAGAGGUCUCAGUGCCGUAUUCUCUGACCAAUCCGUUGUGUUCAUGCCAAAGACGCGACUUGGUGGACUUGAGGGGUCUGACAUUUGAACUCAUCUUUGUCGGCCGAUGAGGCCACUUGAAUACCUGACGAGCUUUGAGGCGCUAUGUGGGAGAGACGGUGUUUGCCAUCAGCCUAACUCGCUGAUUCUUUCCGGAUUCAUCUGUAGUCUUCUUCACGGCAGGACUGUGGCAUAGCAGGGUGUUUGGGACAGAACACGGAAACCAACAAUCUGAGAUUCGUUUCGGGGUGGCUUCUCUAAGCC